AUAGUCUAUUUAAAAAAAAUAAAAAAUUACCAGCUGCGUCCGGACCUACCAGUUGCGGACGCAGCUGGUGACUAUCUGCGUCCGGGGCAACUACGGACGCAGAUAGUCCGGACCAAUUGCGUCUCCGGCAUAUGCGUCUGGAGCACUCCAGACGCAAAAAGUCUAAAACUCCAGACGCAAAUACCCUUUUUUGUACUAGUGAUUCUUUCCAUUUCUUACCAAUUUCCUGGAGCCCUGCUGUAGUGUGGGAACUGCUUUGAGAAUACCGCGCCAUGCAUUUGACAUGUUGGCUUUUGGGCGCCAAAGAGAGCAGUCUAACGGUUGAAUUGUGUAUUUUGCUUUAAAUACGCGUACCCAUAGACUAUCUUCGUCCAUCAGAAUGCGCCACCCUAGUUUUGCAAGGAAGGCUAUAUUCAUUUCAGCAAGUCUCCGAAUUCCCAAACCUCCGUUUUCUUUGCUGCUGGUAACCAUAUCCCACCUAACUAGAUUACAUCUCCUUUCCCCUUCCAAAUUACCCCAUAAGAAACUCCUGAUUAGUUUCUCCAUGUUCGCGAUGACACCACUGGGGAUUAACGUUGUUUGCAUUGUAUAAAAAGGAAUCGCUGUCAGGACAGAUUGAGCCAAGGUUUGUCUGCCAGCUAGAGAUAGGGAUUUUGCCUUCCACCCCGCCAAUUUGCUCUUCAUUCUUUCAAUAACACCAGCAAAUGACUCGUUUUUCAGCCUGCCGUGGAUCGAGGGGAUUCCUAAGUAUUUGCCUAGAUCUGCAACCUUAGGGAUCCCUGUUGAGGCUGCUAUCUCUUCUUGGAUAACCACUGGAGUGUUCUUGGAGAAAAAUAUGCUUGACUUAUUGAAGUUAACUCUUUGUCCAGAUAUUUUGCAGAAUUCGUCUAGACACUUCUUCAUUUCAAGGGCUUGUAAAGGUGUAGCUUCCCCAAAUAGUACCAUGUCAUCUGCAAAAAGUAAAUGCGUUAGGGUAGGGCCGUGUCUAGUGAUCUUAAUUCCUUUCCAUCUACCCUUCAAACAAGCAUCACAUAUAAUAUGACUAAGCUUUUCAAUGCAGAGAACAAAUAAUAAGGGUGAUAUAGGGUCUCCCUGUCUAAUUCCCCGGCUUGGUUUAAACCAUCCAGAUUCCAUUCCAUUCCAGGUUACUGCUAGUCUUGAAGUAGUUAUGCAGUUCAUGAUAUUCCUUCUCCAAAUGUCGUUAAAGCCUGCAUCAUAAAGAGUCUCGUUAAUGAAAUUCCAAGAUAACCUAUCGUAUGCUUUCUCCAGAUCUAUUUUCAUCACCAUCCUGCCUAAUGUGCCUUGCUUAGUCCUCAUUGAGUUCAAGACCUCCUGAAACACAAGAAUAUUAUCUGUCAUUUGACGUUCAGGGAUGAAACUCGAUUGAUAAGGCCCAAUCAGCUUCUUGAGUCCCUUUUGAAUCCUUGUUGCCAUCACCUUAGUCAGUAGUUUGUAUGAGACAUUGCAUAGACCUAUAGGCCGUAACUGAUUCACCGUUUCUGGAUUUUGCACCUUGGGGAUUAAACAGAUUAACGUGUCGUUGCAAUCAUCUGGCAGGAUCCCUUCGUUAAAGAACCUUAUUGCAAACUUUAUGAUUGAUUUUCCAACUACACCCCAUGUCUUUUGAUAGAAGAUUGAGCUAAAUCCAUCUGGACCUGGCGUCUUGCAUGGUUCCAUUUCAAACAAUGCCUUUCUGAUCUCUUCUGGUGCUAUUGGGCUAUUUAUCUCCUGCCAAUCCUCAUUACUCAGAAUUGGGAAUCGCCUGCACGUUUGAUUAUGAGUUUGCAGGGGCUGGUCAUCAGUAAACAGCUUUAUGAAGUGAUUUCUAAUGUGCUCGAGUAUCUGCUGUUCCUCAGUAAUCCAACUCCCAUCUUCCUUCCUCAGUCUGUCUGUCUUAGUCGCGCCCUGUUUGACUAGAGUAGCUAGAUGGUAGAACCUUGUGUUUCGAUCUCCCGAUGUGAUCCAAUCCUCUCGCAUGUUGGGCUAAGCAUCUUUGAACUCCUCCUAUCCUAGCCAGCAGCCUUUUCUUUCUAAACAGAAUAUUUCCAAAUGUUGUCUUAUUCCAGAAAAGUAAUGCUUCAGCUACGUUCUUGUUAUUUAAAUUCAGCUCUCCCUCUGGUUCCCAUAUAUUAUGGAUAUGGUCAAGAAACUUGGGAUGUGUAGUCCAUGCAGCAUUGAACCUAAACUUCCUCCUACCCCUAAAGUUGUCAGUUGGUGCCGUGUUGAGUAGUAGAGGGGUGUGAUCUGAAUCAAUCAUAGGUAAAUGUUCUAACACUGCAACCGGGAACCGAAGCAUCCAUUCUGGAUUUCCCAAGGCACGAUCCAAUCUUGCAGCUUUAAAGGAUUGAGUGUUCACCCCUCUUACCCAUGUGAACAUUGAUCCUUGGUAGCUUAAGUCCAUUAGGCCUUCUUCAAAGAUCCAAUUAUUAAAGUCUGCGCAUCUGGCUUGGUUAAAACAUUCUGGACUGCUAACUUCAUUCGAACCUGUAACCGAGUUGAAGUCUCCAAUUGCAAGGCAUUGAUGUUGGGGUCCAAGUUCUUGCAAGGAUAAAUCUGAAAACAAUUUUUUACGCAGCAUGCGAUUAGGGCUGCCAUAGACCACUGCUAGGAUCCAGGGGUGGGUUCUUUUAUCAUCAACCUGCAAUAAGAUAAAUUGAGGGUGAGUCUUUAGUAUGACAACAUUAACUGCAGUGUUCCAGUGGAUCCAAAUGCCACUCGAGAAACCGACUGCCUCCACACGAAUCCAAUCUUCAAAUCCAAAGCUUGAACAAAUCUUGUUUGCUUGCACACCUGACACUUUGGGUUCUAAAAGACACACAAUAGAGGGGUUAAAAAUACGAAUAAAAUUUUUAAGAGUGCGGCGAAAGGAAUUUGAUGCCGCACCCUGACAGUUCCAUAUCAGACACUUCAUAAUUAAUAGAAAAAAGCAGACAAGCAAGCGCUCAAUGGCGCAAAGGGCCCUCGGCCUCAGGAUCACCACCGGGAUCGUUUUCAACUCCCUCCAUAACAUCGUCCGGAGGAUCAUCUCGUCUUGCAAAUGACAUGGGAUUAUCAGGUGGAUCGCCCAUCAAAGAGCUGUCAGCCGCUUGUCUUGACGUACCACCCCUGGAAGUAAAUCCUCCUCGAUGUGGUGGGAUGUAACGUUGCUGUUUAUUGGGUUGCGCAUCGGCAUACUGGAGAUUUGCAAAUGAGAAUUGACGCUCAACUGUCUGUUUCUGGUGUUGGUUUGUUCUAAUCCUGGGAAGGGCCUCGCCUGUGCUAUGUAGUGGUGAACCAUUGACUUGUCCUUCCUGCACCUGGGCUUGUCCCUCUUCUUCUAAACCUUCUAGCAUUGCAAAGCGCGAGUGUGUAUAUAUAAUUAUAAUUAUAUUGAUUAUUGAGACUUGUGUUUUUUUCUUUUUCAAUGUAAGGUUGUAAGCAGUAAGCAUGAAUAAGAAUUAGGAAUUUUGUUAAUUGCUUCUUUUAAUUUUAAUUCUUUUAAUUCUAAUUGGAGUAAUUUUAGUAGGGGCAGUACUCAGUAGCCGUAGGAAGUUAGGAAUUAAAAAUUAAAAAUCCUAAUUGUCUUUUAAUUCUAUUUAGGAUGUGAAAUCAGUCUUCUGCAUAAUGUAUACUGUAGUAGGAAAUUUAAGAAUUAGAAAUUCUAAAAGUUAAAAAUGCAUUAUGUAUACUGCAUAGGAAUCCGCAUGUAUUAUGUUAGUAUAGUGCCUGUAUUACGCAUAUUGGCAUACUGCAUAGCAGCAUAGUUAAAAAUGUAUUGUAUAGGAAUUAGGAAUCAACAUAAUGUUUAUCAAUCAUAAGUUGUCUAUUAAUUCUAUUUAGGAUUCCUUGUAUAUAAUGAAAUUGUGUAUUGAGAAUGAUAUGCUAGAUAAUAUUAAUCUUAAAGAUGUUAUUUAUUUUGCAUCUAGGAAAGCACAUAGAUGUUUUCUUUCAUUAUUAGUUUUAUAUUUUUAAAUUGUUAAAAUUUGUAAAUUUUAUUUUAAGUUAGUUGACAUUAUUAGUUUAAGUUAUUUAUUUUGCAUCUAGGAAAGCACAUAAAAUUUAAUUAUAAACAUUUAUGUUAACUUUUGUACAUGGUAUAGGGCCUUUGUUUUUCAUUUACAGGAUUUGGACGAAAGGAAGAAUAAGAAACCUAGAAAUGGAUGCAAAAUCAUUGGCGAAAUCGAAAAGAGCUCAUUCGUUACAUCAUAGUAAGAAGAAUCAGCAACAUCAUUCGUCCAAGGGUGCCUCUUCUGUCCCUGGUGCGUCUACUGGUGAUAAGAAACAAAGUGGAAAACAAGUUAAGGAAAAACCUGUACAGGGACAUGGUUCUAGGGGACUUCCUUCGAAUUGGGAUCGUUAUGUCGAAGAAGGAGAAGAAGAGUAUGGAUUUGAUUCUGAGAAUAUGGUCCCUCAAGAUAGUGUGUCUAAGCUUGCUACGGAUGUUGUUGCGCCGAAAAGUAAGGGGGCAGACUAUGCUUACUUGAUUUCUGAGUCCAAGGCUCAGUCUCUGUAUUCUUCACAGAGUGUUCCCCUGUUCGAUGAUGGUCUACAUGAUUUCUAUCAGGGGCUUGGUCCAUUGCUUUCUGUUAAAGGGAAAAGCAUAGCAUCAUGGAUCAGUGAUGACAAUUUUGGGUCAGAAGAUAAAGGGCCUCCUCCAGAUGAGGCAUCUUUUCUCUCUCUCAAUUUGCACACUCUUGCAGAACAACUUGCAAAAGCAACUCUAUCAGAAAGGCUUUUCAUUGAACCUGAUUUACUACCUCCAGAACUGUGCACAGAGGAAUUGCAAAAGCUUAGUGAGAACGAACAGGCUAAAAAUAAGGCUGGAGUGGCUGAGGAAGUUUUUGAUUCAUUAGCUCAUGGCAAUCAGUUUGUUAGAAGUCCAUCUAAUACAGCUGGCACCAGCACCAGCAGCAGUACUAGUACGAGGGAUGAGAUAUUGCAAGCAAAAGGAAUAGGACAAACUGAUUUGCCGAGGUACACUCCCGAAAUCAAUGUGAACACUGCUGCUAAGAAACCAGCACAAUUCGAGGUAGCCAAUGCAAAGGCAGAGCUUGACAUGCUUCUCGGCUCAUUUGCUGAAACAAAGUUUCUCGAGUCCAACAGAGUAACAGAGGAAUCAUGGGAUAAUUCUUUUUUGACACAAAAUGAUGUUUCAUCCUCAUUUUCAGAAAGGGGUUCAUUGAGUCAAAAGGUUCCUUCUAGAUCAGAUGUAACAGACCCAGACCCAGGGUUGGGUGGAAGUGUGGCGAGGGAUAUGAAGCUUGACGAUAUUGUUGAUGAUCUACUCAGAGAAACAUCCAUUCUGACAAACAAAAACGAGGGAUCACUGGCUGAUGAGACAAGAUCUGCUUUUCGCAAUACCCCCUCUUCCUCAAACCCUGUCACCAAGUCUAAACUUACUGAUGACUUUGAUUCAUGGUUUGACACAAUAUAACCGAUCUUCAGCUUCUCUUGUACAAGGCCAGCUGUUUGAAUCCAAAAAGGCGAAAAGCAGGAUUGCUAAGUGGUAAGAAUGCCAUGAUGAUGAAAAUAUUUUUGGAAAUGGGAUGUUAAUUUCUUAAUUCCUACUUUUCUGCUUGUGAAAAGCUACAAUAUUAUGGCAGGAAUGAUUCCAUAACUAUUUCUAAAUUUCUAGCUUUAUGCCUUCUAGAAUGUGAGGCUGCCAAAACCAUUUUGAAGUGGUAGAAUGAGUCAACUAAAUCUGCGAUGCCAUGGUAUUUGUAUGUAACACAAAAAUGCUUAGUUAGACGUUAGGACAAAGCCAUGGAAGUUUUCUGUACGAAAAGGACACAAAUUCUAAGUUAUCAUGCGUAUGAAUAGCUGGGGUUGAUUUUGUUACACAAUCACACCCAACUUAUUUUCUUUUCUUCUA